CGGAGAGGAGCAGCCUGACCCCAAAAAGCUUUGUGAAAGUUCCCUCAGUGGAGGGAGACGGAAAGAGAGACACUGGGGAAAACAGAGAGAGGAGAGGAGCGGGGGAUAAAAUAAGAGUUGGGGAAAAGAGAGCAAGAGGAGGGACAAACUUGAGUUGGAGAGGCAGAGAGAGAGAGACAGAGACAGAGAGGGAAAUAGAGAGUAGGGAACUAAAUAUAAACAAGAAGCAAGUGAGUUAGAGAGUGAGUGAAGGGGAUCAAGUACGCAUGUGAGAGAUUGAGAGAGAAAGAAGGAGAGCUGCAGCAGUCACCCUCUCUGGUCUUCCCUGACGUGUCAUGGAUUUGCGGUGCUGGAUAUCCCUCCUGUUUGGACUAGUUGGGAAUCCUGUGGCAGGUCUGGAAUACUAGUUGGGAUCCAGUGGUCAGUCUGGAGUAGCAAGAGCAAUAGCAGCAUCCACCAGAAGGAAGGAAAUAUGCCUUCUGUGUCUCUCAGCCUGCCCGCAGCCCUAGCUGGGCAAGCCCGCACCUGGGUCUGCCUCUCCUGCAUGUUCUGGCCUGAAGAGUUUGAGACGCUUCACUCACACACCUUCCGGGCGAAGACAUUCAAGAAAAGCAAGCACUGUGGGGUGUGCAAACAGACCGUCAGCCAGGAGGGGCUCAUCUGCAGAGUGUGCCGGCUGACUUGCCACAAGAAAUGUGAAAUAAAGGUGUCUUCGUCCUGUGUCCCUGCCACUAACUAUGAGCUGGCACCUGGUAACGACAUACCCCUGAAGUAUGUAGAGACUAUGGGUUCAACAAAGUCCACAAAGAGUAUGGAGUCUCGACGCAGAUCAUCAAGGAGUGUGAGUCUGCUGCAGGCCCUGGAGGAGAGCUAUGAGGUGGACCUGGUCUACAUCACCGAGCGGAUCAUCUCCGUCUCCUUCCCCAGCUGCGUGGAAGAGACCAGCUACGCCUCAAACCUCCGCGAGGUGGCCUCCAUGUUGCGCUCCAAACACCAAGACAACUACCUACUUUUCAACCUCAGCGAGAAACGGUAUGACAUCAACCAGCUCAACCCAAAGGUGUUGGACUUCGGCUGGCCGGACCACCACGCUCCUGCCCUGGAUAAGAUCUGCAGUAUCUGUAAGGCCAUGGACACCUGGCUGAGCGCAGACAGUCACAAUGUGGUGGUAAUACACAACAAGGGGAACCGAGGGCGAACAGGAGUGGUGGUGGCAGCAUACAUGCAUUACAGCAACAUAUCAGCCAGUGCUGAUCAGGCCCUGGACAGGUUUGCCAUGAAGAGGUUCUAUGAAGACAAAGUACUUCCUGUGGGUCAGCCAUCUCAGAAGAGGUAUGUACAGUACUUCAGUGGUCUUCUUUCAGGACAUAUCAAGAUCAACAACAAACCCCUGUUCCUUCACCACGUCAUCAUGCACGGCAUCCCCAACUUUGAGUCCAAAGGAGGAUGCCGCCCUUUCCUCAAGAUCUACCAAGCCAUGCAGCCAGUCUACACAUCUGGGAUCUAUAAUGUCCAGGGAGACAGCCAGACCAGCAUCUGCAUCACUAUUGAGCCUGGCCUGCUGCUGAAGGGGGACAUUCUGCUGAAAUGUUACCACAAGCACUUCAGAAGCCCACAGCGGGAUGUGAUAUUCCGGGUGCAGUUCCAUACCUGCGCUGUGCAUGACUUGGGAAUCGUAUUUGGGAAGGACGAGUUAGACGAGACCUUCAAGGAUGACAGAUUCCCGGAUUUUGGAAAGGUGGAAUUUGUAUUUUCCUUUGGACCAGAAAAAAUCCAUGGUAUGGACCAUUUGGAGAAUGGGCCCACGGUCUCAGUGGACUACAAUACCCAAGAUGCUCUAAUCCGCUGGGACUCCAAUGAGAACUUCAAUCAGCAUUGUGAGGACACUAUGGAUGACGUCAUACACACACAGGGCCCUCUCGACGGCAGCCUCUACGCUAAAGUUCGCAAGAAGGAGUCCAUCGAGGGCUCGGUCACUGCCAACGGCCUAUCGCCUGCCGCCACCGAACACGUCCUACCUGCCGUCGACCAGGUCCUUCCCGCGGUCGACCAAGCCCUGUCGGUGAGCAGCGACUCUGGCAACUCCACCGCCUCUAUCAAGACUGACCGCACCGAUGAGCCAGCCCCGGCAGCAGCAGCGCAAGUCCCCCAAGCAGCCCUCCCAGUGAGCCAGCCACCAGCGACCCAGGAAAAGGUCCCAGAUUCGGGCACGGUCCCGGCCAUCCAGCCCAUCAGUCCCCAGGAGAAGCAGGAGCUGGAGCAGCUGCUCAGCGGCCUGCAGGGCCCCAUGCACCGCCAGGGCUACAUGUCCUCCCCAUCAGGUGGCGGGACAAGUAUAGGACUAGGAGGAGAAGGAGUUGGAGGAGGAAUACUUCACCUGGUGCCGGCCCAAGUUCACGUGAACGGCCACAACAGCAGAAUGGACAGGGAAACGGAUAUUCUGGAUGACGAGGUGGCACUGCCUACCAGCCAGGAGGGCAACAGCAUGGAUAGCCUGGGCACCCUGUCGUCCCUGGAAGGGAGAGCUACACCGGCAGACCUCUACUAUCAGGCUGAGACGGUCAUCAAUGGGCAGGACGAGGUCCCCUAUCUGGAGAGGAGCAUCCCCCCGGAAAAUGCUGUCAUCAAUGUCGCCAUACGUUCACAGGAUGUGGCCGCUCAUGUUCCCGUCACAUUGGUGCGAAGCCUCUCCUCAGCUCAGGACGGGACAGGCGAGUUCAUCCCCCCGGCGAGCGAUUACAUUUUCAGCCAAAACGGGAACCUGUAUCGCUCGCAGUCGUUCGGUGCAGAGCAGAAACCUCUCCCCAGAGCACCAGCACGUACCACCAGUAGUCGUGAUGCCGUCCAACGGGGGCUCAACGUGUGGCAGCAAUAUGGCGUCCCAGAGGAGCCGGUGAUGGACGGCGUCCAUUUUGGCCCUUUUCCAUCCUCCAUGCCUCUACAGAGCCACCACAGCUUGCCACAGUUCCCCCACCACCAGACUGCCUCGCAGCAGGAGAUUGAGCAGUCCAUUGAGGCCCUCAACCUGCUGAUGCUAGACCUGGACCCAGGCUGUCCUUUGGGGCAGGUGCCCAAGUCCCAGAGCGCUCCGCCGGGGGAUAAUGUGGUGGUGGUGACCAUGCAACCGUCCUUCUCCCAGACCCAGGCCAGACCCUCCUACCAGGCCGACUCAGCUAUCUCGGGAAGCCAUGCUCCCCGCCUUGCGAAGGUCCCGCUGAGUUCCUCCCCCAUCCAGCCGUCCACGUCACCAGAGCACUCUGCCGUCCAGAGACCCACAGCCAUCUACCAGCCCGGUCCCACUAUAGUCUCCGUCCCUGGCUUCCUCACGGAACCUUCCAGCCAAGGGGAAGCCUGGACCAGCUCUCCCACCCAGGUCCCCACUGCCAUUGGCCAGCUGCAGCUGAAGCCCAUUAACACGUACCCCCCCAGCACAAUGUCCUCGUCCCUGUCCCCAGAGCUCCAGCAGAGUCUAAGUGCCAUCUCCUCAUCGCCCCAGCUGAGAGAUGCCGAGCCUGAUGAAGUAUUCAACGUGGAGGGCUUAGUAGCCCAGCGCGUGGCAGGUGUCCAGUCCCAUGGGAUGUCAUUGGACGAGACAUUGGCCCUGCCCCGUCACCGCACCACCAGCGAAGGACAAUGCCACAAUGGCCACGAUGAAAACUUCUCUUACGAACCCCCAGUCCGCUCCCCCAUUCGCUGUGUCUCGCCGGAGUUCGUCAACACCUUAAAUCUGAAUCCUGGGGGGCGGCCCAAAGAGAGACACAUGCACAGCUACAGAGAGGCCUUUGAGGAGUUGGAAGGUGGCCCAGUCAGCCCCACGCCCACUGUUGGUGGUGAGGUGUUCCCCCAAACCCCUGCCUUCCCCGUCUCGCCGCAAACCCCUUACUUCAACCUGUGCCAAGCUCGUUCCCCUCCAGGCCUGAUGAAGACCCCUCUCUCUGCCCUGGGCCUCAAACCCCACAACCCAGCCGAGAUCCACCUCAACCAGAGUGGCUCAGACGCUGAACAUAGUGAGGACGAGGAAGAGCCGCGGAGCUACGUGGAGUCGGUGGCCAGAUCAGCGGUGGCCGGCGGGGGACCACCAGGGUCACCUGUGACCCUCACCCCUCCAGGAGAGAUCUUGGCCAGACAGACGACCACUGACCCUGCCCCGACCCUCAACCUCCCACUGUCUAGCAGCAGCCCAAUCCACAGCUCAGAGGGAGAGCACCAAUUGGCUGACAGCAGUGCAAACAUCCCCUCACAAGCGGCCAGUGACUCCGGCUUCCGUUCCCAGCCUUCUGAGGGCGCGUCCCCCACCCCCACUCCCACCUCCGUCGCUAAUCCCAAGCCCUACCUCCAGGCCCUGGGAACCCCAUCUCCCUUCCUUCAAGCACAGGGUACCCCUACCUCCUCCUACCUGAGCUCCAACUCCCCCACCCUGUCCUACCUGUGCUCCCCCACCACCACGCCCUCCUACCUAGGUCCCAGUGGCCUCAUGGGGAGCUACAUCUCCACCGACCCCAGCCCUCCCCAGGCCCAGCUGGAGGUAGCCCCCCGGGAAACCUACAGCUCUUUGGCUGUCCACCCUUCACCAGGAUCAGGAAGUCUCCACACACUGCAUCACGACUCCAACAGUCCCUCUCUCCAACAUCGGCACCAGCCCACCAAUCAUGGCAGCCCUGUCAUGGGCCACCAGCCCUCUCCUGCCAAUGGCUUUGUGGAGUUUGGGAUCCCUGGGAUGGUAAUGGCGGGAAGUCCCGUGUUGGGCCGCCACCACUAUAACCCGUGUGUGUCCAAGGGGACACAGUCCAGCCCAGUGCUGAGUCGACAGCCCUCCAUGUCCCAGAGGAGCCCUGUCCUGAGCCGACAACCAUCCCUGACGCAGGCCUCCCAGGGCAGCCCCGUGCUCAGCCGCCAGCCCUCCCUCACCUACAGCCAGCCUAUCCAGAGCAGUAUCCAGAGCAGUCCGUUGCUGAGUCGACAGCCGUCCCUCACCCACCAGCAGGGCAGUGGUAAUAGUCCGGUGCUGGACCACCACCCGUCCCUCGGCCAGAUGUCACAACGCAGUCCGAGUCUGGACCGACACCCUAUGUUGCAUAGUAGCGGCUACACCACCCCGGACGAGAGGCACGGCACCCUGUCCCGACAGAGCAGCUCCUCAGGAUACCACCCACCAUCCACGCCCUCCUUCCCCCUCUCCCCUGCAGGCUACCUGGACGGGGGGAUGAUGAUGGGGCUAAGGCAGGGCAGCCCGGCCCCCCUGGCGCAGGCUCAGCCCCAGCUGCCAGAGAAGAGGCGCAUGUCGAGUGGGGAGAGGCCCAACGGGGGGCUCUCUUACGGGACGCUGAACGGGAAAAUGUCCUCACCUAUGUCGAGUGGAGGGAGCACACCCAGCACCAGCUACUUUCAAACACUGCCAGACUUCUCCAAGUUUAACAUGUCUGACGGGAGUCCCGAGACCAGGCUGAAUGUAAAGUUUGUUCAGGACACUUCCAAGUUCUGGUACAAGCCUGACAUCUCCCGUGAACAAGCCAUCAGCCUGCUGAGAGAGAGAGAGCCCGGGGCCUUUGUCAUUCGGGACAGUCACUCCUUCCGAGGGGCCUAUGGCCUGGCCAUGAAAGUGGCCUCUCCUCCUCCCACUGUACAGCAGACCAAGAAAGCUGGUGACAACACUAAUGAGCUGGUGAGGCACUUCCUGAUUGAGACAAGUCCUAAGGGAGUGAAGCUGAAGGGAUGUCCCAACGAACCUUACUUUGGAUGUCUGUCGGCUCUGGUGUACCAGCACGCCAUGACUCCACAAGCCCUGCCCUGUAAACUGGUCAUUCCUACCAGAGAUAUCCACGAGGAUGUGCCGGAUAUUGCCACACCAACCAACCCGGCAGCUGAACUCCUCAAACAAGGAGCCGGGCAGAGGGCCACUGCUGACUCCCAUGCAUGCAAUGUGCUGUACAUCAACUCGGUGGACAUGGAGUCUCUGACGGGACCUCAGGCCGUCGCCAAGGCCAUCUCGGAGACGGUGGCUGCCGUGUCCCCACCCACCGCAACCAUCGUGCACUUCAAGGUGUCGGCCCAAGGCAUCACCCUGACCGACAACCAGAGGAAGCUUUUCUUCCGGCGCCACUACCCCAUCAACACUGUCACAUUUUGUGAUAUCGACCCUCAGGAGAGAAAGUGGAACAAACCUGAAGGAGGCACAGCCAAGUUCUUUGGAUUCGUGGCUCGGAAGCAAGGAAGCACAACUGACAACGUCAGUCACCUCUUUGCCGAGAUGGACCCCGAUCAGCCCGCCAGCGCUAUCGUGAACUUUGUUUCCAAGGUAUUUUCUGUUCAAGCUCAACUGUCUUCUCCCGUGGCUUCUUCGCUUGUUCAACUAUUCACCCCUCUUCAAUGAGAAUCCCUCCAUUUUCAAUUAAUCUUAUUUGUUUUGAUAGUCACAACUGAAACAAUAUAUGUGGCAAAAACAUGUUAGAUUCUGCAUUUGUGUAUGAGCAACCUGUGAUAAGUGGUUGUUGAGUAAAUCACCCUCUACCACAAACGAAUGUUAGUAAACAAAAACAAAUUGUGUAAGAAGUCUCCUUUGACGUAUGUGUGCCCACUGAGGAAAUAGCCUAGACUUAAAAUGUGUGAAUGUGCUACUAUGCCUGUACAGAACCUUAUGUAUUUUGAUUUGCUUUACGGUAUGGCUUUUAUUGUUUCUGAGAAAAAACACAUUAAAAAGUAAUACAAAUCA